GCAUAAAAAAGAAAAAAACAAUAUUUAAGAUUCUAAUGAUGCAUAGUGUGGUUGGUGGGUUUCAAGGAUCAGAAGAAGAAGAAGAAAUGAGUCUUUUGUAUAGUACUAGUUUCAAGCACCAAGAGGGAGAAUUCAGAAAGAAUCAAGAAUUCAUGGAUUUGAAUCACCACCAUUGUAAUCAAGACCCGCUUCACCAUAAUUCAGGCCUAAUGCGUUACCGUUCUGCGCCUGGUUCAUUUCUUGACAGUCUUAUUAAUGGCACCACUAGCGGCGGCGGCAACGAAUGUCAAGAUUAUCGGUCUUUUCGAUCUUCAAGUCCUGAGAUGGAGACCAUCUUGUCAAGAUUUAUGUCAACAUGUAAUGGUUCAGGUGAUUCCAAUUCUCAAAAUUUGCAAGAAUACGGAGAGAGACCAGAAAUGAAGCAAGAAAUGGAGGACCCACAAAUGGUUUAUCAAAGUUCAGCAGUGAAUAAUUUGGCUAAUAAUGGAAACUCAGUGGAUAUUAGCAAUUCUGUGGACAGCAGUUUUAAUGUUAUGAACCCUAUGGCUAUGGAGAAUUCUUUGCCGGCAAGAAAGUUUAGUGCAGUCAAUGGAUCCAAUCUUGUUAGGCAACACAGCUCUCCAGCUGGAUUUUUCUCCAACCUAGGCGUUGACAAUAAUGGAUUCACUAUAACUAAAGAAGUAGGCGGUUUUCAAGUUUCCAAUGGUUUGAAUGGAGAAUCAAAUCCAUCCACAAGUAGGUUAGGCAAUCACUUAAACUUCUCAUCAGGACAAAGGCUUUUGCCUCAGAUUGCUGAAACUGGAGAUGAAAACCCUGGUGCAAGUAGUCCUGAAGGCAGUAUUGGCAAGAGGCAGUACAUGAAUUUCGCAAAUGAUUCGUGGGAUGAUUCUUCCUCGAAUGACUUCAAAAGAUUAAGAGAUAAUGAUGGAAGUGUGUAUUCCAGCUUAAACAUAUUGGAAAAUCAGAGUGGAAAUUCUGGAAAUCGCAUCACGAGUUUGACCCACCACUUGAGCUUGCCUAAAACAGCUGGAGAAAUGGCUACCGUAGAGAAGUUUCUGCAAUUUCAAGGUUCUGUUCCUUGUAAAAUUCGUGCCAAAAGAGGCUUUGCUACUCACCCGCGGAGCAUUGCAGAAAGAGUUAGAAGAACUCGGAUUAGUGAAAGAAUGAGAAAACUGCAAGAUCUUUUUCCAAAUAUGGACAAGCAAACAAACACAGCAGAUAUGUUAGAUUUGGCUGUUGAGUACAUAAAAGACUUACAAAAACAGGUCAAGACACUCAAGGAUACGAAAGCGAAAUGCACAUGUCCAAGUAAACAAAAAAUAUAUGAUUCUGCCUGAUUUGUUUCUGUACAGAUAUAGCAGCUAGGAAAACUGGGAAGUUUGAUAAGAAUAGCUAGCUAUUUAUUGAUAAUGUGUCAUAGAUUGUAGAAUAAUAUAUAUAUAGGAGAAUAGGAGAUUGUGAUGCUAUAUUUUUGGUGUAAGCUGUGCUAUUAAUGAACCCUUUGGAAAGAAAAAUGAUAUCGUAUCCUCUUGUAAAGUUGGGCUGUCCAAGAAGAUUUAUUGCAUAAGCACAUGUUUUUGGCUAUAA